AUGGUUCCUUGGAGAGGACGUUUAGGUUUCCGUCAAUACAUCCCAGGAAAGCGACACAAAUAUGGCGUAAAAUUAUAUAAAUUAUGUUUAUCCGAAGGAUAUACGCAUAAUAUCGAAAUAUAUGCCGACAAGAAUGGAACGAUGAUUGAAAAAUGCCAGUCUCAAGAUGUGUCCACAGACGAUGCGAGUUGGGGCGACGGCAGGGGAAACAGCCGCGGCGGCGUAGAAAACAACCGCGGCGGCAUAGAAAACAACCGAGGCGGCAUAGAAAACAACCGCGUCGGUAGAGGAAACAACGGCGUCGGUAGAGGAAACAACGGCGUCGGUAGAGGAAACAACGGCGGCGGUAGAGGAAACAACGGCGGCGGUAGAGGAAACAACGGCGGCGGUCGCGUCAAGCAACGCGGUGGCCGCGGAAAUUACCGCGCAGACAACCGCGGCGGCCGCGGAAGCAACCACGGUGGGCAAAGAAACCAUCGCGGCGGCCAGGACGUCAAUUCAGCUAACUCUGACUGGCAGAACAAACAAGAAGCAAUUGAUUACAUCAAUGCUAAGAAAAUGUAUGAGCAAAGACCUUACAACUUUGUUUUCAAGUGUGGGUCGAAAGG